GACCAAUCUCAUUGGCUGGAAAAGACACACGCAUGCACACAAAAACACACACUGUCCAGCAACAGAUAGUUCAGUGAAGUGAUCGAGUGUAGAUCAGUGCAAGGUUAUCUGCUGGUACAAAGAGGACUUUACUGUGACCGUGGGAGUGGCCACUUUCAUCAGAUCAUUCUUCAAGAAGAAGCUUCAAGGACUAAUAGCAAGCACACAAGUCUCCUGCAGGUAACAAGCCGGAAAAAUGUCUGACGGGCUGAUUGAAUUGGAAGAGACCGCAACCCAUACAGGUCCAAAAGGGGUCAUCAAUGACUGGAGGAGGUUUAAGUUGGAAAGUAUGGACCAAGAAAAUUUGCCUCCUGCAAAAAGGGAACUGCUGAGACAAAUGUCAUCCCCCAACAGAGUAAAAGAUGCAUCCAGAGCAAACCUUAACCGCAAGAUGAGUGUCCAAGAGUAUGAACUGCUUAAGGAGGAGGAUGAAGGAUGUCUAAAGAACUACAGAAAGCGGUGCAUGCAAGAGAUGCAUGACAAGCUCAGCUUUGGGCCCAAGUUUGAAGGUGUGUAUGACCUGGACAGUGGAGAGGCUUUCCUGGAAGUUAUUGAAAAGGAGCAUCACAGCACAGUUGUGGUUGUCCACAUCUACAAGAAUGGGAUUAAAGGCUGUGAGGCACUCAACAGCUGCCUCGACUGCUUGGCCACUGAGUAUCCCACCGUAAAGUUCUGCAGGAUUGAUGCCGUCGCCUCUGGUGCCGCCGAGCGAUUCUCAGAUGAGUAUUUGCCCACACUGCUAGUGUACAAGGCUGGAGAGCUACUUGGAAACUUCCUGGCCUGCACACAGCACCUAAAUGAGGAAUUCUUUGCUACUGAUGUGGAAGCUUUCCUCAACAGCUACGGCUUGUUGCCAGAAAAAGAUCUGCCUCGGAUGGAAGACGAUGAAGAAAAUGACGUUGAGUAAAUACAGAGUUUGGCUGCUGAUGAAGAACCAAAGCUGUGUUAGGUCACUGGAAAAAGCUCUGAGAAAGACAGUUAAAAUAAAAAGAUGAAUUAUUCCUUUGGGUUUCAAUAAAUAGAGAAGCAUAACAUUUUGAAUAGCUCCCUAGUAUUUGAGAAUUGUUUUCUAAAGGAAAACUUUUACAUCCAGUGUCCCAGAUAUGAGUGCUUCCGAAUACGGGUGUGACAGUUACAGCAAGGUGAGGAAAAGCAGCUUUUAUUUAUACAACAUAGAGCACUCACCUCUAUCCUAAUAUAAGCCAAAAUUGUAACGUUAAUUGCAAUGUUACAUGCUGUAUGUACUUGUAAAAAUAAUAAUUGAUAGUCUUUUUGUAGUUUUUAUAUUUAAUUGGACUGAUAUUUACACAGACUACUAGUAAAAAUUCAGGGUUUGUACAAACUAACAUCCCCAAAUGUGACAGACAUGUAUAUGUGAUGUAUCUAUGGUGUUCUACCAGCAUUUGAAAAGAGAGAGAAAAAAUAAAUACAUUUUAAAGCC